AUAAUUAAAAUGAAAAUAUUUUUGAAAAAUGAGUAGACAUUCGUGAGGGACGCCAUUUUAAAUUGUUAAAUGAAUAGGGUAAAAGAGAGAUAACAAAUAGCAAAUGUUUGUGUGUUGAAGAAAGAUAGUGCUAUAAAAAAAGGGAGAAAAUAUAUGAGCAACGUCGUAAGUUGGCGUCGUGAGAGCCCCAAGAUGUCCGGAUCAUUUAGCAGCUGAAUUUUACUCUGAGCUGUGUCUUUGCACCAGGUCAUUAUUAUCAUUAUCAUCAUUAAAUUUAUUUAUUUAUUUAUUACAUUGUUUAAAUAAAUAUUAUAUCAUUAUUUUUGACAAGUACAGAUAUAUUUUUUUAUUGUUUAUCUACUAAUAAAUAUCUAAAAUAAUAUUUUAUUACUUGACGCGAAUGUUGAUUGAUUGCUUGUAUGGUGUUAAAAAUUUGACUUGAUUGAUAAUUAAUAAUCAUCAAGUGAUUGAUUGACUUGAUUUUUGUUGAAAUUUAUAAAUUUUUUUGAUGUAAAAAUGUCAAGUGAUAGUGAAAAUAUGUCAAGACCAUCAAAACGUCGUAAAUAUGUCUUAGAAAGUGACAGUAGUAGCGACAAUGAUGAUUCAGAUAUUGUUGAAUCAACAAAUGGCAAACGUCAUGUAAAAAAAAUACAAAGUGAUUCUGAUAAUAUCACAACUGAUGAUGACAGUGAUGUUAAACCACCAUCAAAACGUAAACCCAAUAUUAUUGAAAUUGAAGAUUCAGAUUUUGACAGUGAUGUAUCAUCAUCACAAUUGAUUGAAAGUGAUUCUGAUGAUUGGCAAUCAGACUGGCAAAGUUCACAUGAAUCUGAUGAUGAUGAUGAAGUUGUACCUAAAAAAUCACAUGUUAAAAAAAAUGAAUCAACAAUGAGAAGUACUGAAAAAAUAGUAAUAUCUGAUUCAGAAUCAAAUGAUUCAACCAAUGAAAAUACUGAAAAAUGUCCAAUUUGUUUGUUACCAUUUAAAAAACAACAAGUUGCAACACCAUCAACAUGUGAUCAUUGUUUUUGCUUAUUAUGUUUAAAUGAAUGGAGCAAAAAUGUAAAUACCUGUCCAGUUGAUCGUAAAGAAUUUUCAUCAAUGAUUGUUAAAUUACAUUUCAAUGGUAAAAUAAUAAAUAAUUUACCAGUUGAAAAAAAAAAUAGUAUUGAUGUUGAAAUACAAGAAGAUCCAACAUAUUGUGAAGUGUGCCAUCUUUGUGAUCGUGAAGAUCGUAUGUUAUUAUGUGAUGGUUGCGAUCUGGGUUAUCAUCUUGAGUGUCUUAAUCCACCAAUGGAACAAGUACCAAUGGAUGAAUGGUUUUGUCAAGAUUGUACACAAUCAAAUCAAUCAAAUAUGGCUGAAUCGAUUGAAAUGGAUUAUGAUGAAUUACCUGAUAUAAUGGCAGAAGCUCGUAAUCUUGGUGUAAGCUAUGGACGUACAAGAACAGGUUUACCACGUGAAAUUGAUUUAACUAUUGGAUUAUUUGGUUCUCAUCAACGUGCUUCAUCAUCAUUACAUUCACGUAUUGUACCACGAACACGUCAAACUGAACGUGUACGUGCAAAUAUACGCGAACAAGUACGUAGAAGUACACGUGCAACAACAUUUGAUCCUGAUCAACCAUCAACAUCAUCUGGUAUUGAUUCAAUAUCAGAAAAUAGUAGCAAUUCACGUGCAGUACCAUCAACAUCACGUGGUCGUGUUGCUGCUGCUGAUGCUGCUGCUGCUGCUACUCGUCGUUCUAAGCGUAUUAGUAAAACUAAAAAACCAAGAACACGUAAAACAAGAAAAAAACGUACAACUAGAAAAAAUAAAUCUAAUGGUGAUGAUGAUGGUGAUACUGUUAUGCAUGAAGUACGAAUUAGAGAAAUUAAUGCUGAUGGUGUUGAAGAAGAAACUGUAACAUAUGUCAAAAUUAAAAAAUCAACAACAACUAGACGGAAGUCUAAGCGUACUAAAAGAACGCGCAAGAAAAGAAAAUCAGGUCGACAACGUCGUCUUUGCGGCUUGGUAACAGCAAAAUCAGUUAAAAAACGUUUAGCAUUGGCACUGGGUAUGAUGAAUAGAAACACAAGUGUUCCUUCAUUAUCUGGUCCAGCAGUUAAACAUCGUCCAGUUUUAUCUGAUCAUGUUGUUUUAACAAAUUCACGAUAUCGUGCUGGAAUAACUCGAGUCAGUUUAUUUGGAAAUGAUCUUGGUCUUGGUUACAGUCCACCUCAAUCUGACAGCGAGACAAUCAAUGAGGAAGGUGGUGGUGGUAUUGGUGGUCCUGGUUUGGCUUCAGGUCCUUUAGUUAGUGUUCAACCACGUAGAUUACCGCUAUUAUCAAAUCGUAAUCGUUUGGCACUUAAAUCUGGUAUACAAAAUAUUCAAACACAGCCACAACCAGUUGUCGAUUUAUUAUCAUCAAUAAUAAAUAGUCAAAAGUUUUGGCAUUCAAAAACAAAAGAUAAAGUUACACUUAAAGCUGAUGGAACAUUUCUUUUACCUGAAGAAUCAAAUAAUAAUAAUAAUAUUAAUAAUAAUAGUAAGGAAAAAAACAAUUUAUCUAGUAUAUUUAGUCCGAAAAAAGAUAAACCAAUAAUUGAUAAUAACAGUAUUAAUUCUCCUAAUCUUACAUCAAAUCCAAUUGAUUUAAAUAAUGUAAAUUCAAAUGAUAUUAUUACACAAGCACCAAUGUACAAUGGUUCACGAGGAGGAGGUGGAAAUGGUGGUAAUUUUCGAGGUAAUUAUCGUGAUGGAAAUAGACAUAGUUAUGGUGGAGGUGGUGGAGGAGGUGGUGGUCAUAACUAUGGUGUUCGUGAUUCAUCAAAUACUGGCAAUGGUGGUCGUCAUUCUUAUGGUGGUGGAAUGAGAGGAGGUGGUGGUGGUGGUGGUCCACGUGAUUUUGGACCAUCUCCAUUAAUGGAUUAUUCACAAAAUUUUGGUAUGCCUUUUCGUGGACGAAAUCCACAAAAUUUUAGACAUGAUAAUCGUAAUCGUAUGAUGCCACCAUCUGGUGUUGGAAGAGGUUUAUUUAGACCAAUGGAUAAUAUACAAAAUCCAAUAUUUCCAAUAAAUCCAUUGGGACUACAGCCCCCUCCACCUCCACCACCCUUGCCAUCGUCAUCAUCAUCAUCAUCAUCAGUAACACAAAAUCAAACUCAAUUAUCAACAACUCCAACACCAACAAAUCAAAUUACAGAUAAUUCUUUACAAACAACGACUAGUACUACUACAUCAACUACGCCGACGACAUCAUCAUCAUCAUCAUCAUCAGAUAAUAAUACAACACAAGAAGAAGUUAAUCCAUCGUCUGUUGUACCAAAUGAAAAUGAUGAUACUUGUAAAAAAUCAACAGUUGCUGAUAAUAAUAAUGAUAAAGAGGAUGAUAAUGAGAGUUGUAAAAAUAAUCAAGUAGAAAAAGAAAAAGACUGUAGUAAUACUCAAUCAGAUAAUGAAAAAACUGAAGAGAAAAAUGAUUCAGUUAAAAAUAUUGAUGAUGAUAAUAAUAAAAAAGAUUCUUCAGAUGAAUUACUUCCACCACCAGAACCACCAUCAGAAUUAUUAGAUUUUGAAGAAAAAAGUGAUAAAGAAGAAGAAGAAGAAAGUGAUGAUGGUGAAGAACUUGUUAUUGAUGAUGCACCACGUGAAAAUAAUGAAAAAUGUGAAGAUAGUAAAAAAAAUAAUGACAAGUAUGAUCCAUUUGCUGAUGGUGAUGAUAGUGAAAGUAAUGAAAGUCAUAGUGAUUUUAAAAAAUCAAUAAAAAAUAAAAAAAAUAAUAAAACAACACCACUUGUACCACCACCAGAACCACCAAUAUUUCCACUUGAUAAUUUACACAAUGAUAUUAAAUAUGGUGAUAAUGAUGAUGAUGAUGAUGAAAAUGAUAAUUCACAAUCAGAUUGUCCAAAUUUUUCAAUAUAUUCAUCUGAAACAAUGGAUCUUGCACGACAUACUGAACAAGAAUUAUCACAACAAAUUGGACCACUUGAACCACCACCAUUACCACCAAUAAUACCAGAUGAUGAUGAUAUUAUUGUUGCUGAUGUACAAGCAUGUGAUUUAUCAGAUAUACCAGAACCAAUUGAUCCAUAUGUUGAAUCAUUACAAAAAGAAAGACGUCAAUUAAGUAAAAUACCAUCUAAAAAAAUAUCAACUGAUACUAGAGGUAAAAUACAAUUUAAAAUUGGCAAUAAAUUUAAAUUAAAUAAUAAAAUAAGUUCAUUGUAUGAUGAAAUUGAUGAAAAUAUUAAUACUCUAAUACAACAAGAAAAAAUUGAUGAAGAAACAAAUCCAUCAACAACACCACCACCGAUUGUUAAUGAUGAUAAUGAUGAUGAUGAUGAUAAAGCAAAAUUAAAUCCAUCAACAAGUAAUAUUGAUGAUUGUAAAAUUAAUAAAGACAAUGAAGUAACUAAUAGUAAUAAUGAUGAUGAUAAUGCUGAUGCUGCUGAUGAUGAUGACGAUGAUGAUAUUGGUGGUAUAAUUGAUGAAGAUAAAGAUGAUAAUGAUAAACAAUCACGAGAAAGUUUAGUAGAUAAAGCUAGUAGAAUCAAGGAAAUGCUUAGAAAAAUUAAUAUUGAAAAUAAAACAUUAGAUGAUUGUAAUAAAAAUGAUGGAGAUGAUGAUGAAGUAAAAAAUAAUAAUUUAAUUGAUGAUAGUUUGUCUUCCAAGACUGAUGAAGAUGCAGAAUCUUCAAAAGCACAAUCAGAUGUAUCUAAAAUUGAUGAUAAUACACCAGAUUUAUCAAUGGAUGGUUUUGAUGAUAAAAAACUUGAGAAAUCAGAUGAUUUUGAGCUUGAAAAAAAUCCAGUUGAUCAUAAAAUAACAAAUGAUAAAAAAGAUAAUGAAAAUAAUGAUGAUAAUGUACAACAAGAUUGGUAUUCUGAUGGUGCAUAUACUCCAUGUAAAGAUGAACUUCCAUUAUUACAAGAAAAAGAAAAGAUUGUUGCUGAUAAUGAUGAUGAGAAUAAUGAUGAAGAUGAAAAAAUUGAAAAAAAUAAUAAAGAUACUGAUGAAAAAAGUAAUAAUGAAAACGUAAAAUUAUCACCAUUUGAAGAUGGCCUGGAGCCAAUAACACCACCACCAAAAGAUCGUGAAAAUGAUGAUUUAGAUAUUUGUCAAACACCAAUUGAUUAUGCACGUUUAGGCACCGAGGCAAUAUCUGAAACAGAUGAAGCUAAUUUUGAUGAUGAACCAUCAACUCAUAAUACUAGUAAUGAUAAAGAUCAUCAUCAUUAUCAUCAUCAUCGUCAUCAUCAUCGACAUCGUAAAAAUAGUGCUAAUGACGAAGAUGACGAUGACGAUGAAGAUGAUAAUAAUAAAGAAAUUGAAGAUGGUGAAAUAACAAAUGAUAAAAAAAAAUAUAAUAUUAAUAAACAAAAUGAUAAUAAAAAUGAAAGUGAUGAUUCUAAAAAAAAAAGAAAUAAAAAAGAUAAACGUGAAAGAGUCAAGGAUAAUAAUCGUGAUAGUGAAAAAAAUAAAGAAAAUAUAUCAUCUGAUAAUCAACAAGUAUCAUGGAAAAAAAUAUCUAAAAAUACAAAAGAACGUUCAUAUCGUGAAAAAGGUAAACGUUCUGGUUCAAGAGAUAGAGAUAAAUAUAAUUCAGAUAAAGAUAAAGAACGUGAUAGUAAAAAAAAUAAUAAAAAAUCAUCAAGUAGUAGAAGUAAUGCUGCAGAUAAAAAAAAAGAAAGAAGAAAAGAAUUACCAAGAUAUGAUGUGAGAAAAAUAGUUGCUGAUAAACCAGUUAGACAAAGAAAAGAUGAAUAUGGACGUGAUAUACGUGAAGCAACAUCAAGAAGUCAUUCACGUGGUGGACGUAGUUUAUCACGUGGUAAACAAAGAUCAUCAUUAACACCACGUAAAAGUAGAAGUCGUUCGUAUACACCAAAAAAACAAUUACAAUCACAAUCACAAUCACAACAACAACAUCAUCAUUCACGUAGUAGAUCAUGGACAUGGUCAAGAAAUAAAAGAGAUACAUCAAGACGACAUUCAUUAUCAAGAACAAGAAGAAAAUCACCAAAUAGACGUAGAUCAUUAUCAAAAAGACGUACAUCAAGAUCACUAUCAAAUCAUAGACGUAAUCGUAGAUUAUCACCAUCACCAUCACGUCGUAGAAAUUAUCAAAAACGUUCACAAUCAAGAAAACGUAGAUCAAGAACAAGAAGUAGAACAACAAGAAGUCGUACAAAAUCACGUUCACGUUCACGUUCACGUAGUUUAUCAAAAUCACGAAGAAAAAUUGAUAAACAAAAAAAUAAACAUAAAUCAAGAAGUCGUUCAAGAAGAAGAAAACGUUCAUGGAGUAAAAGUCCCAUUGGUACAUCACGUCGUAAUGAUAAAAAACGUAUUAAAAGAAGUAAAAUAAUAAUUGAAAGAUCAAGAACAAGAUCACGUACACGUGAACGUUCAAGAUCACGUGAUUGGGAACAACAAAUAAUUGAUAAAUCACCAAUUGAUAGAACUGAUAGAUAUUCAACACGUCAUAAUACAAUUGGUAAUAUUAUUGAUAAAGAUAUUAUUAAUAUUAAUCCAAGUGCAUCAACAUGGAGAGAAAAUCAAUGGACACCAUCAUGGUCAAGAUCACGUUCACAUUCACGUUCACGUACACCACCAUUAACACAACGUAUGUUGCAUGAUUCACAUGGUAUUAUUGGUAAUGAUAAUAUUGAUCAUCAUGAUGAUGACGAUGGUGGUAUUGGUGUUGGUAGCUGGUCACCAAUUCCAAUUCAAACAUCUGGUUUAUCUUUACAAACUGGAACAAAUAUUAUUGAUAAAUCAUCAUCAGUACUUGAUCCAAUUGCACCAGAAAAUUUAACAGUAAUUUUAACAAAUAAAGAUGCUAUUAAAAAAAAUAAAAAAAAAGAUAAACGUACAAGGGAAGGUAAAAAAAUACGUAGUGAUGAACGUAGAAAAAAAAGUAGCAAACGUAAUCGUACACCACCACCAUCAAAAGAAGUAUUUGCAUCUGGUGAUAAUAUACUUGUUAGUGUUUGUUUUAAUAAUGAUAAUAAUAAUGAUAAAUUAUCAAAUAAUAAUGCAUUACCACAAUUGACUGAAACUCUACCAUUAUUAACAACAACAACAACAACAACAACAUCAUCAUCAACAGCUACAACAACAGCAGCAGCAGCAAUAGAAGGAGGAACAAUAACAACAACAACAAGUAGUAAAAGAAGACGUCGUGAUGGUAUUAAAACAAUUGAACCACCAAGUAAAAAGCCAAAGAAAGAUAAGGCCAAAGAAAAAAGAUUAAAAUCACCUAAAUCAAGUAGACGUGAUAAUCCGAAAAAUAAAAAAAGAAAAUCAAAAGCUGCUGAAAUUGCUGCAACUAAAAAACCAGUUGCUGUUAUUGAUCUUGAUCAAUCACCAUUUAGAGAACAAACACCAUCACCAAAAGAUAUUAUUAUAUUGAGUGAUGAUGAUGAUGAUGAUAAUGAUAAUAAUAAUGUAAAUAAUGAUAACAACAUCAACAACAAUAAUAGUAAUAAUAAUAGUAACAACAACAACAAUAGCAGUAGCAUUAACAACACCAAUAAUAGUAAUAACAAUACCAACAAUGACAAUGUAGAAGUUGAAAAUAGAAUAAAUACAAGUGAACAGUCAUCUGUUCAAAAAGAACAACAACAAAAUCAGCCACAAAAUAUACAAAAUCAACAACAAAAUAUUCAAAAACAAGAUAAUAAUAAUGAUAAUAAUAAUGAAAAACAAGAAGAAUCUGGUGAUGAAUUUGUUGGUCCAAAAACACCACCAGAACCUCAAAUUAAAUUUUCAAUAAAUAAACAACCAAGUAAUUUAAGAACAUCAAUGAUGAAUCCACUUCUUGGUGAUGAUGACGAUGAUGACGAUGAUGAUGAUGGAGGAAAUCAAACUAAUAAUGAAAAUAAAAAUGAUAAAAAUAAUAUUGAAAAUAAAAACGAUGCAAAAUUAAAUCAAGAUAAUGGAUUAUUAAAAAAAUUAUCAAGUUCAGAUAGCCAAGUAGAAAAAGGUAUUCAAGAAGAAGAUGAUGAAGAACAAGUAGUACAAGAAGAAGAAGAAGAAAAUGAACUUGAUGAAGAAGAUUUACAAGCAUUGGCAAUGCUAGAAAUGGGAUCAAGACAACAAGAUAAAAAAAAUCAUCAAGAUGAUAAUAAUAAAACAGAUAAAUUAUCUCAUGAUAUUAAUAAUAAAAAAGAUGAAAGUUGUGUAGACAGAAGAGCACAAGAUGAAUUAGAUUUACGUCUUAAAAUUGGUCCAAAUACACCACCUGAUCCUCCAAAUUCACCACCAACAUCACCAGAAGCAUAUGAUCCAUUUGAUCCACCAAAAUCACGUUCACAAUCACCAUCAUCAUCAAGUAAAAAACAUGAUCAUGAUAUUAAUAAAAUAACAAAAGAUUCAAUGAAAGAUUCAACGAGUGAUAAACGUGACAGUGAUAAACCAAAAAUAACAUCAAUGGUUACAAUAAAACGUGCAUCAUCACCACAUCAAAAAAGUGGUAAUAAUACAACAACAAGUAAUACAACAUUAUCAACAGCAACAAUAACAAGUAUCGCUAAUCUCAUUAAUCCAACAUCAGCAUCAACUUCAACAAUUGUAUCAACAUCAAGUACGCUAUUAUCAAGUGGUAUAUCAACAUUAACAACACAACAAUCAAAUGAUGAUAGAAAAGAUAAUUUAUUAAAUAAUAAAACUAGUGGUGUUGGUGUUGGUAGUUUAUCAUCAUUUGCAACAAUAAAUCCAGUAUUAGCAACAGUUGCUGCUGCUGUACAAAGAUCAGCAAUAUUUAAUGCAAAUAAUGCAACAAGAAAUAUAAAUCAAGCCAAUAGUAAUCAAAUAAAACAACGUACUAAUGAAAGAACAACACAAUUACCUAAUUUAUUUACAAAUACAACUAAAAAUAAUAGUGGUAAUGGAAAUAAUCGUGGACAAAAAAUAAAUACAACUAGACAAAAUGGUAAUGAUGGAAAUUCAGAUAAUACUGGGAAUGAUGUUAUGGUACUUGAUACAAGUUCACCAUAUUCACCUGGUUCAAGUUUGAGUGAUGGUAUGUUUGAUCCACCAAGUCCACCCACUGGAUCUAGUGGUAAUCAUCAUGCAUAUCAUCAAAGAUCAUCCUCAUCCAAUACAGCAACUGUUAAUAAUAAAACAUCAAAAUCAAAUGAUAAAAAAGAUCCAUUUGAUUCAUUGUUUGGCUCAUCAUCACCUCCCAGUAAAUCUGCUAAUAGCAAAAAUCGUAGUAAAAAAUCAGCAGCAGCAGGAGGAGCAUCAUCAUCAUCAGCAGCAAAUAAAGGAAAAAAAGCAACCAACUCAAAAAUUGGAGUUCGAAUGGAUGAGAAUGAAUUACAAAUUCUUGAUGAUUUACCAAGCUCAGCUGUUGAGAUGCAAGUUAAAGAUAAGUUUUUGAAAAAACUUAAUCGGCAAGAAAGAGUUGUUGAAGAAGUUAAACUUGUUUUAAAACCACACUAUACCAAGAAGCACGUUACAAAAGAUGAGUACAAGGACAUCAUGAGAAAAGCUGUACCCAAGAUUUGCCAUAAUAAAUCUGGUGAAAUAAAUCCCAAAAAAAUUGCUCACUUGAUUGAGGCAUAUGUUAAAAAAUGUCGAAAUAAUAAAAAAAAAAGUACAGUCACAAUUCCAAAUCAAAAUUCAACUAAUCCUGUAGCGAAAACGAUGAGACCAGUAAAAAAUCUCUGGAGUUGAUCAUCCACAGAGGA